UGUCUUUCCUCCCCCAAACUGACUGAUCCAUCCUGUGUGAAUACACAAUACUCUUUGUGUAUAUAUAUAUAUAUGCGCACAAAUUCUGUUCUGUUCACCUCAAUUGUUUCCACUAUUUCCAACUUCCUUCAAUCUUCCUUGCAUCUGCCGCAAUAGGUCGUAUACUAUAGCUAUACUAUCUGCACUCUCCCUUACACCUACCUUGUCGCAGUGUGUGCCACUCACUAUCCGAUCCGAGUACUACCCUACCUAUACGCAUAUACGCAGGUCCGCCAGGUUAGAGACAAAAAGACUAGGCGCCAAUUUUAAGAGUCCGCUGAAAGUGGAGGUCCCCCAUUCCAAAUAAUUUUGGAUCGACAAAAAGAGUCUCAUCGAUCAGGAAUCGCAAUUGUAACGCCAGGAAGCUAGGACGACUUGAAAAAAAAGCUUCAAGCUUCAAAGUCUCCCAUUAUCGCCGCUCCUUCCCUCCUGUCAAUCAGUCAGCCAACGCCCUGUGCGCGAAAUCUUGCCAAUCCAAAAGCACACACCAUCAUCCGCAGCAUCCACACCACACGGACCUUUCCAACGAAGCUCCCCCCCCGCACUAGCACUGGCCGCUGAGUGAACACCACCACUCCUUUUAACGACCCCUCUGCACAGCAGAUCUAUAUAACGCGGGCGACUGCUCACAUUUUGUCUCGGACCCCGAACGCAGAAGAAGGAACUUUCUCUCUCUCUGCGCCUCGUGCUGAUCCGUGUCGACCUGCAGAGAAAGGAGUCGGGUCGAACGGCAUUACAGGGUACGUCCAUCAUUAUUGUUGGGCUCCGUUGUGCAGAUCACGCAAAACCUACCGCGCCCGCCAGACGACGACGUAGAUGCAAAGAGAAGCAACUAGUACAGCGCGCCGUGCACGAUAAGCUUUAUAUAUAAACAGAAGGCGCGGGGAUUGUCCUCAGCUACGGAGUGGGCACCAUCGCAUAGCGCCUUCCCUUACAGACCCCGACGCCCACAAGAUUUCUUCGAGUCCUCCCCUCCUCGGUCAUUGCUCGUGUCGCAUCUUUCUUCUAUAUUCCCACGAACCCGAGUACCACCAUGAAAGUAUCGCACUACGCGCAUGACGACCCUACCGGACACGGCGCACAAUAUAACAUGUCUCCUCCCAUGGGCAACCCCAACUAUCGCCCGGAUGCACCACAAUAUCAGGGGCACCAGGACCAGCCCCACAUGCAGCACGCACCAAACGACCAGCAGCAGUACGGUUACAGCCCAAACCCACAAGGCCAUCGUGCCAGCCAGAGCUCGCAAGGGCAAGGUGGCCAGCCAGAGAUGCUGGGCCGGGUCCCAACGCGAGGCCCGAAUCCGUUGAUGCCACUCGAUUCGCCGUCAAAUCACAAUGGAGCGGAUGGCACCCCGAUCCUACCGGCCGUGCAGCAGCAGGCUAGUGAUCAUCCACCGAGCUUUAGUAUGAUUGAGCUGGGUAGGAGAUAUACGCUUGAGGUUAUGCAGCAGCCCAAACGAGCGCGGAUGUGUGGCUUUGGAGACAAGGAUCGCCGGCCCAUUACCCCGCCACCAUGCAUAAGGGUUGUCAUAACGGAUGUGGCUACUGGGAAUGAAAUCGAUACCAACGACAUCGAUCACGGUUCCUUCGUACUGACUGUUGAUCUGUGGUCUGCCGAUGGGAAGCACGAAGUCAAUCUCGUCCGACACUCGUCUGCGUCCCCAGCCAUCUCCUCAACUAUCCCCACCUCGUACGCUCAGGCACAGGCGGGCGACCACCCGGUCUACUCAAACCCAAUGCCAACGCCCACUGGCCCACCCAGUAUAGUCCGCGAUCCUCAAUAUCCGUACCAUAGCAACCAACCGCUACUUCAAGGGCAGUACAACCCUUACCCUGGCCAGCCUCAAGUAAAUGCAUAUGGCCAAACCCAGCAGCAAUUCCAACAGGGGCCGCCACAAGGACAGUAUGGCCAGCCCCAGCAACAAGGUCAGUAUGGUCAAGGGCAAGAGCGCCAAAAUUACCACCCUGGAUCAGGGGGAGAGCCUCCAAACCAUCACAUAUUCUACCAUACGGGUGAUGCCGUCCAUCCGGUCGCCUCCAACGCGCCGAGACCAUCGGACAAUCUGAUGUACGACCCAGCCGUUGCUCCACGCCCACCUAUCUCAAAUCCGCCACAAGGCAUGUUCACCCGCAACCUAAUCGGCAGCCUCGCGGCCAGUGCUUCCAAGCUCGCGGACCCCCACGACAAGAUUGGCAUCUGGUUUGUCCUACAGGACAUGAGCAUCAGAACUGAGGGAAACUUCCGUCUCCGCUUCUCUUUCACCAACGUCGGCGGCCCCUCCAAGACACCCAACGGCAACCCCGCGAACCAGAUGUCUGUCCUCAACACUGGCAAGGCACCCGUUCUUGCACUGUGCUACAGUGAUGUGUUUACCGUAUACUCGGCCAAGAAGUUCCCGGGCGUGGUGGAGAGCACGCCGCUCAGCAAGUGUUUCGCGACACAGGGCGUUAAGAUCCCGAUCCGCAAGGAUGGUGGAGGAAAGGCGGGACAAGGGAGAGAGGACUAUGAUGAGGAUUAGAGGCAUAAAAGAGAUGUGGGGUUGGGAGAAUUAUUGAGAGUUAUGUAGAGAAGACGGUGGGCAGGGACAGUUUUUUAUUCGGCGCUCGGUGGGGUCGGCACCUUUGCUGUUUUUUUUGUAAGGCGGUGGCUACGUUGCAACCAAAACUGGAUAGAACGAUGUCCGUGGGAGAGGUUAGCUCUAGCAUUUUUACAUGCGGGGAAGUUCAUGAAUGAAUGAUAUUGUUGUUUGUGUCAGUACUUUGUUUUUGUCUGCAGGUGGUUUGGUGGGAGUGCUGUUAUUUUUAUGAUUUCAAUCAAUUAAAAAUAAUAGAUACCUUUAAAUAUAAUAAAUUAUACCCC